AUGGAUGGUACCAGAGAUUGCAGGUGGAUGGAUUACCUGCCAGAAGCAAAAGACUUAAAUCAUCUUUUUGAUCAGUUAGUUGCUACAUAUAGAGACCUUUCAGUCUUAUGCACUUUUGUCAACUACUUCCUCCCCCCAGCUUUUAGAAUUCAGAUCCAUUUGCAAUUACAUGGGUUUUCCUGCUAUUUCGCGGCGACUUGCGAUUUCACAGUGGGUUUCUUUUCUAUAGAUAUAUGCGCAGAUUUUAGGGUUCCAUACACUAGAAACUAUGAUGGUAAAAAAUAUGUGUAUGUUGAAGAGGUGACUGUUGACAAAAUUAAGCUUAUAUUUGUUCAAAAGUUCUAUAAUUAUGCAAAUUCAAAUGCCGAGGUUCAUUCACUUUGA